AUGUCUCAAGGCCUAGCAGAGAAGCUUCCUCCAGGCUAUACCACUGUGCGAGACAUCCUUGAUGGCAAGUGCAGGAAGGGCAGUCUGGUCAAUGUAAUUGGAAUCGUGGCCGAAUUUCGAGCGCCGAUACCAACGAGGGGCAAAGAUUGGAAAUGCCAGAUCCGUUUCUAUGACCAGACGGUUGAGGACGAGCCCGAUGUGUCACUGGAGCUGAAUAUCUUUCGCCCUCAGGCUGAAAUGCCUGAGGUUGGAUACGGGGAUGUUAUGGUCAUCUCUCAAGCCAAGGUAUUCUCGUCGAUCUUGCAUUCCCUCACGCAGUGGUUAAUGAUGGUGCGGCAGGUGCAAGCAUUUCAAUCCGCAAACGUUUCGUUGCUCACGAGUGUGGCAACGCGCCUUCGGGUCUACGAAGCUGCCAAGAUUUCCAAGCCUCCCCGGGAUCCUACGCCCGCCUUGAGAACGUCGGCCAAGCCGGGCACGGCGCCGUCGCCCGGUGAAAAGGCGUUCGUCUCGCUUCUGUACCAUCUGAUUAACAAGGAACGCCUUCCCGCUCCCUCGGAAUAUGAGGUAAUGAAAGUACAGUCUGUCAACAUCAAGGACAAGUACAGCACACUCAAGGACGUCCAACAAGGCAUGUACACCGACACGAUUGUGGAAGUCGUUCGCGAGCCUUAUUGGCUGGGUGACAAAUACACGCUCUGGGUCUCCGACUACACUGAGAACAGUGCCUUCUUUGAGCAUUCAUUUGGAAGAGGGAAGUCACCGCGAGGCCAGGUUGGCGAUCCAUUCGGCAUACUUCCUCAGAACAAGGAGGAACAAGACUGGGCCGGUCCCUUUGGACAGCGAAGCAUGCAAGUCACUUGCUUCUUUCCGCAUGCUGAUGUCGUUCGCGACCAUCCGGUUUCGAAGGGGUCGUGGAUCAAGAUGCGUAACUUACACAUCAAGUUUGGCCACAACAACGCCAACCUCGAGGGGUUUCUCCAUGAGGACAAACGAUAUCCAGAAAGGAUAAAUCUCUUCCCCCUGGACCUGAGCGAUCGCAAGAAUCUCAGCCAAGAGCUCAAGGACACAAUCCGGCGCAGAAAAGAGUACGAGCAAGCGUACAAGAGUGAGCGCAAAGAGCUCGACAAUACUAUUGAGAAGAAGCGCAAGCAGCUUGACGAGGCAGCUGUAGCUGGUGCAAAACGGAGGGCCGACAUUGGGCUCGAGCCUGCGCCCUCGGUGAAACGGAACCGCAAGGAAAGACGUGCACAUCUUCAGAAAGCCGCCGCAGAAGAUCGUCAAGCUGCAACAACGCAGACGGCCUCACUACCCGAUGGCCUAGUAAAAGAGAUGAGCGACCCGCCACCCAGUGUGCCAGAUCUGAAUCCUCAAAUUCAAUGCGAGAAUCAUCAGCGGCCAACUAGCUUAGUCGCAGACAUCCUCGCACCACAGUAUCGCGAGUUUAGCAUUGACGGCGAACGCGUCAGGCUGGAGGUUCCCUUCUCGAAUCGAAAUUACCGCACCAACGUCAGGGUGGUCAACUUUAGGCCGUCCGAUCUGCGUGACUUUUGCCAUCCCAAGAAGGCAAGUUCUCCAUACGACUGCCUCUCGGACGAUUCUGGUGAUGACGAGGGCAAUUCCGACACGGAUGUGGAAAGUUGUAACGAGAAUACGCUGGAUAAUUUUACGGCCGUGAAGCGCUGGGAGUGGAAGUUCUCGCUGGAAUUGGAGGAUGCCGCUGUGCAUCCCGGGAAGCAGAAGGAGCGAUUCUGGGUCACAGUCGACAACUCGGCGGCCCAGUGCCUCGUCAACCUGGACGGUUCCAAUCUGAGGCACGACCGCAAGAAUCUCGACGCGCUCCGCCAGCAGCUGUUCAUCCUGUGGGGCGACUUGGAAGAGCACAAGAGUCGGGAUACAAAGAGGGCUGCCACCGGCCACGACAACCCCCCAGAAGACAGCGAUGACGAAAGCACCCCCAACGCCACGUCCAAGGUGUCGAACCGCCCGUUCUCGUGCUGCGUGCAAGAGUAUGGAAUCAAGAUGCCAGAAUCGGAUCCCGCAAAGGCCAACGCCAGCGACUCGAAACGGUGGGAGCGAAUGUACAAGCUAUUUGGCACCAAAAUCUCUGGGUCGUGA